CCUCUUCCCAUGAUGAUGAUGCUGAGCCUUUUGCCUGUCAACAAGGCGGGCGAACUCCCGCGAGUCCGAUAUUUCGCCGAGACGACGAUCUUCUCAGAACAGACAGCAGCCACCCGAAGAUGGUGCUGCUCUUUCUUGCUCCUCGUUGUGGAUCAUAUUGAGUCUUCACGCCGACUGCUGGGCUUGAGAACUUGGGGAAGACUUCCACAAUUCCUUGUUUCGAAUGCUGACCCUCCCGCACUCCGUCUGGGAGCUACCUAUUUGAUAGGACGAGACCCAGGUUCAUUUCUCACGACAUGGCUUGCACCCUAUCACCUUACCCCAGUGAAGGAUGGAUGCAUGAUGUAUGGUUGGGAAUGCGACCGUGUAGAAAGGGGCGACCACAACAGAGGGUUCUGGAUUCCUGCCAGAAGCCAUGCUGAGAGUGCUGACGCACAACAAUUUGGCGGAUUUGCCUCCCAGCGGGAGAGUUACAUCGACGGAACACGUCUGUUUACGUCUGUUUGUGAUCUGCAAGGUCGGGAAAGUGAAACAGUUUAACCAGCCUUCACAUCUGUCGGAAAAUCAUUUUCUGACCUCCGCCCCCCAUGGACAGCCAGUGUCAUGCCAUCGCCUCCACCGGUUGGUGUAUUGUACCCUGAACUGUCAUUGAACCGUUCGAUGGUCUGUCUGCCUGCAAAGACCCGAAGCGUUGUACCUAUCGUGAUCCUCAGAUGCCAUAUUGAGGGAUUUCAAUCCUGACCAGCUCGAUUACUAAGCCCCAACCCCUUCCGUCCCUAGUACCCUAGCCAUUCGUCCUUCCUAGGCUUUCUUGCUGCAGGACUACCUCAGGUAUCUACACAGUAC